AAGGGAGCAGCCGAGGGGUCUGUCAGGCAGAUGGCGGCCGAGCGGAUUAAGAGUCUGGUGGAGGGAGCUUGCUACUCUCUGGAGAAGCAAGAUUCAGCCCCACAGCUUCGGAGGGGAGGCAGGCGUGAGAGCCUCUGAUGCGACAUAAACGGCUGCUCGUCCGCCUUUCCCUCGUCUGCCCUUUCAGUCGUUUUUAUACACCCGCGCAAACAAGAUCGUCCAAGUGGUUGAUUCCGGGGGCGAAGGAAAGCGGAUGGAAAAGCCCCAGAAAGAAAGCAGACGUGCUGGGGAAGGCGUGGCGCGGGGGAAGGAGGGAGGCCGUCCUGCGGGAUGCGGCUCUGGACCUGGGAGCUCCCCGUUGGGUGGCGGAGGAGGUGGGGCGAGGGCAGCGCGUUGAAAAGCCGGAACGCAGCCAGCCACCCGCACAGCCCGCAGCCCGGAGGCGGCGGAGCUGGGCGCCCGCAGGGAUCCUCGCUCCGGGAGCGCCCGCAGGUGAGUGCCGAGAGGCUGCGGCGGCUGCGGCACUGACUUUCCGGGGGCUGGGCUUGCGCUCCGCUCCCGCAGCCCUCCCUGGCCUGCCCGGGGACCGCGCAACGUCGCGCUCGGACCUCCACCGCGGAUCUCUCGAGCGCGUGCGGCGAGCCAUGGACGGCGCAGACCUGGCCGGGAAGAUCCUGUCCACCUGGCUGACGCUGGUGCUCGGCCUCAUCCUGUUACCUUCGGCCUUUGGCGUGUCCCUGGGCAUCUCUGAGAUCUACAUGAAGAUCCUGGUGAAAACUUUAGAGUGGGCCACGAUACGCAUUGAAAAAGGAACCCCAAAGGAGUCAGUUCUUAAAAAUUCAGCCUCUGUUGGUAUUAUCCAAAGAGAUGAGUCACCCAUGGAGAAAGGGCUCUCUGGUCUGCGAGGAAGGGACUUUGAGCUCUCUGAUGUGUUUUAUUUCUCCAAGAAGGGGUUGGAAGCCAUUGUGGAAGAUGAAGUGACCCAGAGGUUCUCCUCAGAGGAGCUAGUGUCAUGGAAUCUCCUCACAAGAACCAACAUAAAUUUCCAGUACAUCAGCCUGCGACUCACUAUGGUGUGGGUGCUGGGUGUCUUAGUACGCUAUUGUGUCCUACUGCCUCUGAGGGUUACCUUGGCUUUUAUUGGGAUCAGUUUGCUGGUCAUUGGAACUACGUUGGUUGGGCAGCUGCCAGACAGCAGCCUCAAAAACUGGCUGAGUGAACUGGUGCAUCUGACUUGCUGCCGGAUCUGUGUGCGAUCCCUUUCUGGUACCAUUCAUUAUCAUAACAAGCAGUACAGACCCCAGAAGGGUGGCAUUUGUGUUGCGAACCACACCUCCCCAAUAGAUGUUUUGAUCUUGACGACAGAUGGAUGUUAUGCCAUGGUUGGCCAGGUUCAUGGUGGAUUGAUGGGAAUUAUUCAGAGAGCUAUGGUGAAGGCUUGUCCCCACGUCUGGUUUGAACGCUCGGAAAUGAAGGACCGACAUCUGGUUACUAAGAGAUUAAAAGAACAUAUUGCGGACAAGAAAAAAUUACCCAUAUUAAUCUUUCCUGAAGGAACCUGCAUCAAUAAUACUUCAGUGAUGAUGUUUAAAAAGGGAAGCUUUGAAAUUGGAGGAACCAUCCACCCAGUUGCCAUAAAGUAUAACCCUCAGUUUGGAGAUGCAUUUUGGAAUAGCAGUAAAUACAAUAUGGUGAGCUACCUGCUUCGAAUGAUGACCAGCUGGGCCAUCGUCUGCGACGUGUGGUACAUGCCUCCCAUGACCAGAGAGGAAGGAGAAGAUGCAGUUCAGUUUGCGAAUAGGGUGAAGUCUGCUAUUGCUGUACAAGGAGGGCUGACUGAACUACCCUGGGAUGGAGGUCUGAAGAGAGGAAAGGUGAAGGACACCUUUAAGGAAGAACAGCAGAAGAAUUACAGCAAGAUGAUCGUGGGCAACGGGUCUCUCAACUCAGAGUCGGACUGAUGACCCCUUGUAGAAAAUCCUGGCUUCCCAGAGAACUUUCUUUAGAAAUGGAAUGGGUUUUGGGGGGCAGGGUAUUUUGUUUUGUUUUGCUGUUUUUAAAAAGUUGUCAAUCUUUUCUACAGGAUGAUUGUUUCUACCUCUUUAUGCCAGAGGCAGAACCUACAGGUGCCCUUUUGGCUUUCAAUGUUGUUAUAGCAAUAGCCCCAUGAACUAACUGUUAGGUAGUUUACAGAGUUAAAGUUUUGUCUUUUGUAAAAUGAUUGAAUCAUCAUUGAUUGAACAAAAUAUUUAUGCAGGAAAAAGUGCUUUUGAAGCGUGUUUGGUACUUGUUGAUAUGAUAAUCUCGAAAAAUACUCCAAACUCUGUUUUCAUAAUUAGCAUCUGCCCUGCCUUCGGACUCCUCAACGGUAGGUUGAUGCACACAGCCAUAGCAGGUUACUUUUGUGUUCUGUUCUACCUAGCGUGAGUUUGGGAAUGUCACCUGACCUGAAAGUGAAAAGAAAAUGUAACAUUUCUUACUUCUGUAUUGGAAGAGAAAUACUAUUUAGUUAGCUUCACCAAAGAAAAGUGAGUCAAAUAUGCCUAUGCAUUUACAUGUAGGCAACUCCCAAAUCAAUACUUUUUUAGUUAGCAACUGGUAAUAAAAACCUUAGAUAGUUUUCCUCAUCCGUGCCCAAAUCUAAAGUCUCUGUUCCCGUGUCAUCUAUGGAUUGGUUUUUGUUUGUUUUAAAAUUUUUUUUUUUUUUUUGUAAUAACACAUUUUCAAGUAGAAGGAAUCAGUAAGUGUUGCUGGUAUGGAUGAGUGAAUGCAUGUGGAGUCACCCCUCACCUGCACCCCUCUGUGGUUAAUUCCUGAACUUUCCUAGUCUCUUAAGCAGAAAAAUGAGUGGUAUGAUUACCUUUUAGAAACUGAGCCUUAAAAUUUUUACAGGGGGGAAGUGAGUGCCCCCCUGACUCAGAGUAAGCAACGUGUGAUAGCAAAGGUAUGCCUUCAUAAAUGCUCAAGAGUGUUCUCUCUCUUCUGGUAACCAUGUUCAGAAUGUGAAACCGUCGUUCCAGGAUUAUAAAUAAAUUUUAUAUUUUUAAA